AUGUCCAAUCCCUUCCUCACAUCCAACGCGAAACCUGGCUAUGGAACUAUCCAUCUAGCAUUGUUGCCACCUUCGACCCCAAGACUCAAGACUGCGAGCUAUCAGUACCCGCUCAAGCUUGUCUCGCCAGCGCCUACAAGGACUGAGGAUGAAGUCAAGCGUUUAGUCUAUACCAUCUACGUUCUGACCUACGGCGGCGGCCUGGUAGCUGGCGAUGGCAUCGACCUCAGUGUCACGCUGGAACAGAACACUAGGCUCAUCCUGCUCACACAAGGCAGCACGAAACUUUUCAAGUCUCCGAGCAGAGAUGUGCUGAGCAAGCAGCGGAUGCAUGUGUCUUUGGCUCCAGGCUCAGCGUUGUGCUAUCUGCCGGAUCCCGUACAACCUUUCGAACAUAGCUGUUUCGCGCAAAGUCAAAUCUACGAUAUCGCUGUCUCUGAUACUGGUGCAGAUAGCAUUGGCAGUCUAUGUGUCCUCGACUGGGUCAGUAACGGCCGACCAGCAAACGGAGAGAAUUGGUCUUUCCAUCGCUAUGGCACUCGCAACGAAAUCCAUUUGUCUCUUCCAAAUGGCAAGCGCAAGCUACUGCUGCGCGAUAAUAUGGUGCUCGACGAUCAGCAACUGGAAGGUACUAUUGCGAGCCGUAUGAGCGGGAUGGCAGUGUUCGGUACGCUUGUUUUAUAUGGCCCCCUCUGCCAAGCGCUGGGAUAUUUCUUCAUGGACGAAUUCAAGGCCUUGCCAAGGAUAGGCGGACGGAAGUGGGACAGUGGAAGUGAAAGCGGAGACGAAGAAGUCGAUGCUGGCAUCGUGAAACGCAUGGCGAGGCACAAGCAAGAAAUCCAAGAUGGAGUGCUCUGGUCUGCGGCAUCAGUACGGGGCUGUAUCGUCGUCAAAUUUGGCGCUCCUACUCUUGAGGGGGGAAGAAGGUGGCUGAGAGAUAUCUUGAUGCAGGAAGGCAAUGACGAUGCUUCCGCGGCCUAUGACACGGCUGCAUCCGGGUACACGAUCAGAAUCGUGCAGAUCUGA